GACAGUCUUGUUGCGUGUGAUCGUCCAAACCACCAAUAGUUCCGCGAGAACUCUGUGGAAAACUCCGUAAAUUCCCCGAAAAACCCUCGAAACCCCUCAUUAGCUCGAAGAUGGGCCCCGGGACAAGCGCCCAGAAGGCCCAGAAGUGAUCGAACCCCCGAAAAAAUCGGUUUCCGCCAACUGCGUUCAUGUGACGGUGACGAAAAAUAAUGGAAACUUCGCAAGACCAGUGAUUCCGUGAUGAUGCUCCACAGCUGAUGCGUUCUGACGCGUUUGACAGUUCUAGGGAUUUCCGAAGUCCCAAUUUUUAACCUUCGAAGUGUCUCGAUACGUGAUGAUUGGCAGUUGCGGAUAAUCAUUCAAUUUCAUGAAUGAUUUGUGAACUAUGGCGCAUCUAGAUGUGAUAUUCAGCUCGAAGCAGUACGUGGGCCCCGAGAGUCUCGCGGACUUGUGCUUCAGAACGAUAUGCGAUAAUCUUGACAUCAUAUCGACGACAGGCCGCAGGGGAUACAGGAGUCUGAUCAAGGGACUGGUUUUUCCCAGUGAAAUAUGCGAUAAAUUGAUCGAGUUUGCACAGAGAAAUGAGAACAUCAAGGUAGAUGAUCGGUUUUUCCAUAUUUUUGAAGAUGUUGUGGCGACGAGGUUGAGACGGGUGAGGGUCUGCCACAGUGGAAUCACUGACUCGUCCAUUGCCGCCAUCACCAAGCAUCAGGUCACGCAUCUAGCUUUUGAGGAUUGCAAUCUCAUCACAAGGAUGGGGAUCGAGUACGUCAAUGGGAAUUCAAAGAAUCUGACGAGCCUGGCGUUCAGGGGGUGCUCCAGAGUCACUCUGGGGGAUGGCACGAGUUAUGUCGAUUUUUCGACAACCUACUUGAAGAGAGGCUACGUAUUCCACACUCCAAACCUCAAGCACCUGGCCUUCGAGUACGUUGGAGUGAGCCCACAGCAAUACUCAAUCCUCCUAGCAGGAUUAACCAAUCUCACACAUCUCGAUUUAUCAAAUGCCGUGAAUAUCGGGAGCUUCGAGUUCUGCACUUCAGUUCCACAUCUGGUGUCUCUGUGUCUCUACAAUGUGAGGAUCCUCGAUUAUUUCAACGCCUUCGUGGAGAAUAUUAUAAAAUUAAAGGAAUUGAGACACCUGGACCUAUCCCACUCGAACCACAAGCACGGCACCUACAAGAACGCCAACCAGAUGCUGUCAAAGCUAGUAUCAAAUCUGCCGAACCUAGUGUCCCUGGACAUAGGUGGAACGAACCUCGCAGGCAGAGGUGUUGCCGAGCGUCCAGUGGACGGUGAAACCGUGGACUAUGCCCUGUGCGACAUCCAGGGUCUCGCCUGUCGAGUUAACAAUCCCCUGCAGUUCCUGGGUCUGUACGGUGCCCGAGAGGGUGCCUGCAGGAGGCACGACAUCCCGGCCAAAGUCAUCGCAGGGGAUGCCAACGACGAGCAGAUCCUCAUCGCCGCCCGUGUCUGCAUGAAUAAUAAACCCGAGUUGCUGCAGAAGGUGUUGAACGAUCUCUAUCACGUGUUCAGGUAUGAGAGCUGCGAGCGCAUGGACCAGGCCCUCUGUAUCGUCCUCGAGGCCAUGGAGAAACACAUUUCUGAGAAGCACAUACAGAUUUCAGGAAGUGCAACAUUAUUCUACAUCGUCAAGACAAAAGAGAAGAGUGGACUCGUCGCCCAGAUGAAGAGACGAAUAAUAGGCACCCUCCUCGCUGGGAUGAGUGCCCACAAGGACGAGGAGACUAUGAUGCGCAAUGGAUGCCUGGCGUUGUGUCAAUUUCGAAUACCCCAGGAUGUCGUGAGUCCCUCAGAAACAAAAUAUCACCAAUUCCCAAGUGCACGUGAUAUUCUCAUAUUCUCAAUCUGUCUACCCUCAACUCCCUGUCCUUUCCAGAUGUGGAAUUAUGAGACCCUUGUCAAGGUUCUCCUGCACUCGGCGAGACACGCAGAGUCCGAGGGCUUCGUUCAACGCAUUGGAAUUUACCUCUUGAACUCACUGGCCUGCCAGGUCGAGGGCAAGAAGAAGAGACUCCUGGGGAAAUUGGGGUGUGUCGGGACGAUGCUUAAACUGGUCCAGUACAGGGUCGAGUGCAGCAUAUUCGAUGAUGUCCUGGAGGUGGCCUGGUCCACCAUGUGGAAUAUGACUGAUGAAACACCAAUCAACUGUCAGAGAUUCUUGGAUGAGAGGGGAAUGAACCUCUUCUUGAGAUGUGUCAAACAAUAUCCACAGAAGGAGGAAUUACUGAGGAAUAUGAUGGGUCUCCUUGGAAAUGUGGCUGAAGUUGCCUGUCUCCGACCCCAACUAAUGCAGCAACAAUACGUAUCAGUUUUUGCUAAUUUAUUGAAAUAUGACAGCGACGGUAUUGAGGUAUCCUACAAUGCAACGGGAAUUCUCGCUCACAUGGCGUCGGACGGAGUGGCAGCAUGGACGGUGGAAACCCCCACCAGGGAUGAAGUGCUGGAGGCUAUGGUGGAGGCCAUCGAACGCUGGGAUCUAGCUGCCCAGCGCAACAUAAAUUAUCGAUCGUUUCUGCCACUGCUGAGACUCCUUGAUGUUUAUCACACACCCCAGUGCCAACACUGGGCUGUCUGGGCAUUGGCAAAUCUCACUCAAGUAUACCCAACAAAAUACUGUUCACUGGUGGAGGCUGAAGGUGGCAUAGAGAAGCUCAACAAUUUACUGACUGAUAGUAGACCAUACUUUAGCAUAAAAACCCUCGCAAUGUCCGUAAUAUUAAAUUGUAGUCCAGACAAUACACGUUGGGAACAACAGGAAAACCUGCAGUCAUCGUCCGACACGGAUUAUAGUCUAGAUGGUUAACACCGAGUCUUUUAAGCGGCCCAAUCCCAAUUGAAAACAAGGAAAGAUUACGAUUUUUUUAUUGUUUACGAGCUGAUCUUCAUAUACUGAUAUUUUUCCUAGAGAAAUUAUUACAUCGUUGAGUUAAUUUAGAGAAAUUUAUUUUGUCGUGCAAAUGUAUUAUCGAUUGGGAUCUCGAUGUGUCCACUGUAAAUAUUAUUUUUAAUUGUCAGGAAAUAUGAUUAAUUCACAAUUUAAGGGAGAACGGGGCAAAAUGGGACGACAGAGGAAACAAAUAUUUUUUUGUUUUAGGUGAAGGCCAAAUGGUUUAGGUCAUUUGAUCCUUAACCCUGCAUGUUCCUAAAGAUUAAUGUAGCUGAGGGUCAAAUGGAUUCUCAGGGCCAGUUGACCCUCAACUCCGAAAUUCUUAAGGGCCGUUUUACCCUCAAAACCAUUUGACCUUUAACUAUGAACAAAUGAUGUUGAGGAUCAAAUUACCCUUAAGGAUGUUUAGAGUUGAGGGUCAAGUGGUCUUGAGGGUGAAAUUACCUUUAACCCCAGACACUCUUAAGGGUUGUUUGAGCCUCAAGACAAUUUGGCCCUCAACUCAAAUCGUUUUCAAGGGUCACUUGACCCUCAAAACCAUUUGUUUCAUGUUGAAGGUCAAAAGAUAAUUAAGGACCUUUGGAGUUGAGGGUCAAAUGGUCUUGAGGGUGAAAUGACCCUUGACCCUAUGCAUUCUCAAGGCUUUUUUGAUCCUAAAGACAAUUUGACCCUCAACUCAAAUCGUUUUCAAGGGUCAUUUAACUCUCAAAACCAUUUGUUUAAGGUUGAGGAUCAAAAGAUAAUUAAGGACGUUUGGAGUUGAGGGUCAAAUGGUCUUGAGGGUGAAAUGACCCUUAACCCUAUGCAUUCUUAAGGCUUUUUUUACCCUCAACUCAAAUCGUUUUCAAGGGUCAUUUGACUCUCAAAACCAUUUGUUUCAUGUUGAAGGUCAAAAGAUAAUUAAGGACCUUUGGAGUUGAGGGUCAAAUGGUCUUGAGGGUGAAAUGACCCUUGACCCUAUGCAUUCUUAAGGCUUUUUUGACCCUAAAGACAAUUUGACCCUCAACUCAAAUCGUUUUCAAGGGUCAUUUGACUCUCAAAACCAUUUGUUUAAAGUUGAGGGUCAAAACAUAAUUAAGGACCUUUGGAGUUGAGGGUCAAAUGGUCUUGAGGGUGAAAUGACCCUUAACCCUAUGCAUUCUUAAGGCUUUUUUUACCCUCAACUCAAAUCGUUUUCAAGGGUCAUUUGACUCUCAAAACCAUUUGUUUCAUGUUGAAGGUCAAAAGAUAAUUAAGGACGUUUGGAGUUGAGGGUCAAAUGGUCUUGAGGGUGAAAUGACCCUUGACCCUAUGCAUUCUUAAGGCUUUUUUGACCCUAAAGACAAUUUGACCCUCAACUCAAAUCGUUUUCAAGGGUCAUUUAACUCUCAAAACCAUUUGUUUAAGGUUGAGGAUCAAAAGAUAAUUAAGGACGUUUGGAGUUGAGGGUCAAAUGGUCUUGAGGGUGAAAUGACCCUUGACCCUAUGCAUUCUUAAGGCUUUUUUGACCCUAAAGACAAUUUGACCCUCAACUCAAAUCGUUUUCAAGGGUCAUUUAACUCUCAAAACCAUUUGUUUAAGGUUGAGGAUCAAAAGAUAAUUAAGGACGUUUGGAGUUGAGGGUCAAAUGGUCUUGAGGGUGAAAUGACCCUUAACCCUAUGCAUUCUUAAGGUUUUUUUUACCCUCAACUCAAAUCGUUUUCAAGGGUCAUUUGACUCUCAAAACCAUUUGUUUCAUGUUGAAGGUCAAAAGAUAAUUAAGGACCUUUGGAGUUGAGGGUGAAAUGACCCUUGACCCUAUGCAUUCUUAAGGCUUUUUUGACCCUCAACUCAAAUCGUUUUCAAGGGUCAUUUGACUCUCACAACCAUUUGUUUCAUGUUGAAGGUCAAAAGAUAAUUAAGGACCUUUGGAGUUGAGGGUGAAAUGACCCUUGACCCUAUGCAUUCUUAAGGCUUUUUUGACCCUCAACUCAAAUCGUUUUCAAGGGUCAUUUGACUCUCACAACCAUUUGUUUCAUGUUGAAGGUCAAAAGAUAAUUAAGGACCAUUGGAGUUGAGGGUCAAAUGGUCUUGAGGGUGAAAUGACCCUUAACCCUAUGCAUUCUUAAGGCUUUUUUUACCCUCAACUCAAAUCGUUUUCAAGGGUCAUUUGACUCUCACAACCAUUUGUUUCAUGUUGAAGGUCAAAAGAUAAUUAAGGACGUUUGGAGUUGAGGGUCAAAUGGUCUUGAGGGUGAAAUCACCCUUGACCCUAUGCAUUCUUAAGGCUUUUUUGACCCUAAAGACAAUUUGACCCUCAACUCAAAUCGUUUUCAAGGGUCAUUUAACUCUCAAAACCAUUUGUUUAAGGUUGAGGAUCAAAAGAUAAUUAAGGACGUUUGGAGUUGAGGGUCAAAUGGUCUUGAGGGUGAAAUGACCCUUGACCCUAUGCAUUCUUAAGGCUUUUUUGACCCUAAAGACAAUUUGACCCUCAACUCAAAUCGUUUUCAAGGGUCAUUUGACUCUCAAAACCAUUUGUUUAAAGUUGAGGAUCAAAAGAUAGUUAAGGGAGUUUGGAGUUGAGGGUCAAAUGAUCUCAAGUGUUCCAUUCUGCCCCUUCCCCCGUCCCCAACUCUUGCUCUCAUUACCAAUUACAAACUAAAAGUGGCAAUCAAUCAUCAUUAAUUACCCUAUAAGUGACAUCUAACGUUCAUUUGGCUGAAGAUUGAGAAAAAACGAAAGCUCAGCCUUGAAACUUAGAAAAUAAAUCACGAAUUGUUAUUGAAAAAUCCUAGUAACUUAUUCUAACAACUGUUUAGUAUUGUUAGGACGAGAAGAUAACAGAGCAGCUAAUGAAACCGAUCGCGAAAGAUCAGUUCAUAAAUUUUUAGUUGAUUUACGGAUAAUGGUAAUGUCGAUUUAUUGUAAAUAGGGGACAUUGAGGGGUGGUUGAAUAAAGUGUUGCUUCAGGUUUG